AUGGGUAGUGGACAUACCUUCCCCAAUGCUGCCGAGUUCCGUGAUGCUGUUUCUUUGAUGUCAAUUGCUGGUAGAUUCCAUUAUCGCUUCAAGAGGAAUAGUACGAAACACAUGACAAUUGUUUGCACAGUUACUAAAUGUCCUUGGAAAGUCACAGCUCGUGCAAUUGGGGAUUCGAACAUUGUCCAGGUUCACAUUUUUCAUAACCACCAUAAUCAUAAUUUGGAAAAUGUUGCUGCAUGCCAACCUUUAGUGAGAUCUAAUCGGGUUUCAUUGCUUAUUGAUGAUGUCUUCCAGUCCACUCCCGAUUACCAACCUCGCCAAAUUUGUAAGGACUUUCAAAGGCAACAUGAGAUGCAAUUGACAUAUCUUCAAGCAUGGAAUAUCAAGGAGAAGGCAAAUGAGCGCAUUUAUGGCGAACCCAAAUAUUAUUACAAAUUGUUGCCUUGGAUGUGUGAGAAAAUGGUUGCAACAAAUCCGGGAAGCAUUGUUGAGUUGGGGCAUUCAAGUGAUGGACAUUUUGAGCAACUCUUUAUUGCUCAUUCGGUAUCUAUCCAAGGGUUUGCAAUGGGGUGUUGGCCAAUCAUAGCUAUUGACUCCACCCAUAUGAGUGGGCCAUAUAGGGGUGCGUUAUUUUUGGCGACUGCAUACGAUGCUAAUGACACCAUGUUCCCCUUAGUCUUUGGCGUGAUGAACUCAGAAAAUUAUGACGAUUGGUCUUGGUUUUUGCAAAAUUUGAAGAAGGGGUUGGGAAAUGUUGGCAUUCCUUGUGAACAUGCGGCAGCCGUUAUUCUUUCCAUUGGUCAUAAUGUUGUUGAUUUUGUUCAAGAUUGGCACAAAUUCCCAAUGCAAGAGCUGAUUUAA